AUGUCGAUUAUUGAUUUCAUUAGUAGCCGUCAAUCAGAAAUCAAAGAACCCUUUGUCGGUGGCAAAGACCUUUCUGAUAGAAAGGUGAUUGGGAUAUUUACUAAACUGAGAGUCACUGAACAUCUAGCUUUGUGUCAUCAAUUUUCUGAACUUCCAUCAAUUCCAUUGAACCACUCAAAAUCCAUUGAAAUCUGGAACUCUUCUUGGAUCACAACGGAACACUUGAAUUUGAUGAAGCACUGUAUAGUUAUUAGACUGAAUCAAUCUAAAUUAACUGAGAAUGAUAUGACAUUGUUUUUGAAUGACUGGAAGUCAGGAACGUUCCCAAAUCUUCAAUAUUCAUCUACCAAAAGCAGUUUACUAAGCAAAACCUUCACCGCAUUUGGGCUCCCAUCACUUCAAGAUACUGUAAAUCCACAAGAUCAUAGAAGAACGGUCCUUGGUUACCUAAGAUCUGUUUAUGGAAGUGUCAAUGUUCAAAAAGAUGAUGGAGUGAGUUGUUGCAGCAGUUCGUUUCUACACUAA